GUGCUGUUUUGCGUUUGUUUACUGAAUUUGUAAUUUAGUACCUAAAUUAUUUAGCCAUGCUUAAAUAAUAAACAUGGAUAAAGAUACUUGUUUUAUUGACAUCACUGCAGAAUUCUUGGGAGUUGCUUUUCACAGCAUUCUGUACUACACAUCAGUGUACCCUAAAAAUAUUUUUGAAAUGCGUAAAAAGUACAAUGUUGUUGUUUAUCGUUCUAUUCAUCCUGAAGUGAAUCAGUAUAUUGAGCUGUGCUUGAAGACUAUCGUGGAAUGUUUGAAGAAUAACCAACUGGACUGCGUGGACUUUGUGGUAACUGACAGUGAAUAUAAGCCUUUAUUAAAAUUUGUCUUUCAGUUUGAUAAGGACAACAUGUUUGAUGAGACUGUUGACGCUUAUUUAGUGCAAUGUGAGCAGAAUUUGAGAGCCUUCUGCUUAAAAUUAUCUUCUAUUAGCAAUUGCUUAAAAGAACUUCCUGAAAAUAGCAGCUUCUCCAUAUACAUUCACACCAAUGAGUCCAAUGCAGUUGCAAUGUCCACUAAUCCAGAGUUUGAAGAGUUUCCAUUAAUUGAAGUAAAAGAUAUUUAUGAAGACACAGACAAAAUUAUUCCCCUCAGCAGGUUUUCUGUUAGAAGCUAUGCCAUAGAUACCUUUGUGGAACUGAGGUAGAUUUGUAAGAUUUGUAUAUAU